GCUGCAGGCUGAGGCGGUGGCGACGGCAACGGCUUUAACGGGCCUCUACCUGGCGACGUAGAGGACCCUGCGGGUGGGGAAUGUGAGUGUGGAACCUUUGGCAGAGGUUAAUGUGAUUUCAGUUUGAAGCAAGACUGAACAAUGGGUCUCUCUUCAUUCAUUCAUAUUGCUUUUUGAUGACCAUGGCAUAAGGAGCUUUAAUCCAGGAAUACAACUUUAAAUUAGCACUGAACAAGAUUUGUGAUGAAAUGGAGCCUGGAGCAAACUCUUUUCGAGUAGAAUUUCCUGAUUUUUCCAGCACCAUUCUACAGAAACUGAACCAGCAGCGCCAGCAGGGACAAUUGUGUGAUGUCUCCAUUGUUGUCCAAGGCCACAUUUUCCGGGCACACAAAGCUGUUCUUGCUGCCAGUUCACCCUACUUUUCUGACCAGGUACUCCUGAAAAACAGCAGGAGAAUUGUUUUACCUGAUGUGAUGAACCCAAGAGUGUUUGAGAACAUUCUCCUAUCUAGUUACACAGGACGUCUAGUAAUGCCUGCUCCAGAAAUUGUUAGUUACUUAACAGCAGCAAGCUUCCUCCAGAUGUGGCAUGUGGUAGACAAGUGCACUGAGGUUUUAGAGGGAAACCCUACAGUCCUUUGUCAAAAGCUGAAUCACGGCAGUGACCACCAGUCUCCAAGCAGCAGCAGUUAUAAUGGUCUGGUAGAGAGUUUUGAGCUGGGUUCUGGGGGCCAUGCUGAUUUCCCCAAAGCCCAGGAACUGAGAGAUGGAGAAAAUGAAGAGGAGAGCACCAAAGACGAGCUGUCUUCUCAGCUUACCGAGCAUGAAUACCUUCCCAGCAACUCGUCCACAGAGCAUGACCGGCUGAGCACUGAAAUGACAAGCCAGGAUGGGGAGGAGGGGGCCAGUGACAGCGCCGACUUCCACUACACCCGGCCCAUGUACAGCAAGCCCAGCAUAAUGGCUCACAAACGUUGGAUCCACGUGAAGCCUGAGCGCUUUGAACAGGCUUGCGAGGGCGUGGACGUUCAUGCCACAUAUGAUGAGCACCAGGUCACUGAGUCCAUCGAUACCAUGCAGACAGAGCACUCAAUCCAGCCUUCAGGAGUGGAGGAGGACUUUCACACUGGGGAAAAAAAAGUGGAAGCAGAGUUUGAUGAACAGGCUGAGGAAAGCAAUUAUGAUGAGCAGGUGGAUUUCUACGGCUCUUCCAUGGAAGAGUUUUCUGGAGAGAGGUCGGAUGGGAAUCUAAUUGGGCACAGACAGGAGACUUCCCUAGCAGCAGGCUACAGUGAGAAUAUUGAAAUGGUAACAGGAAUUAAAGAAGAGGCUUCUCACUUAGGAUUCUCAGCCACUGACAAGCUGUAUCCUUGUCAGUGUGGAAAAAGUUUUACUCACAAGAGUCAGAGAGAUCGACACAUGAGCAUGCACCUCGGUCUUCGGCCUUAUGGCUGUGGUGUCUGUGGUAAGAAAUUCAAAAUGAAGCAUCAUCUUGUGGGACACAUGAAAAUUCACACAGGCAUAAAGCCAUACGAGUGUAAUAUCUGUGCAAAGAGAUUUAUGUGGAGGGACAGUUUCCACAGGCACGUGACUUCUUGUACCAAGUCCUACGAAGCUGCAAAGGCUGAGCAGAAUACGGCUGAGGCUAACUAAAAAUAGGAUCUGGCCCUUGAGUGGCAUGCACAAAAAUAAACUAUGGUAAUUAUGCAAAUCUGGGCACAGAUGAUGCGUGCUACUUGCUAUUAUGAGAGAAGCUUUAAAAAAGAAAGAAGAUAUUUCUGAAAGAUCAGCUCUAAGCAGGCCAAUUUAAAAAAAUCUAAUUCCUCAAAUUUUAUAUAUUCCAGUCCUGGCCUGGAGGAGGUAAUGGGGGUAAGUUAACCCACCUCCCAGCUGGCAACUUAAACCUUCAUGCCAGUUGUGUUUGAGGCAAGUGGACUUUGUGCUAUAGACACCUGCACUUGGAACUGGACUUCAGCCCACCAGUGCCAUUUCAGGUGGCAGCAGUUUUUGAUCACUGAUUAUUACAAGGUCAUGUUGAAAUUUUAUUUUGCUCUUACUAUAGAUACUUAAGUAAUGUGGAGUUGAUUGGUAGCUGCUUCACUGAAUGAACUGCUACUGUUGUAAAAGCAACAAAUAAUGUGAUUCCUGGAAUGAGAAAAUGUAUUAACAGAGCUCUCUUGUCUGGUUUUAUUCUUUCUAAAGGGUAUUUUAACUAAAACUAUGGAGAUACUAAGAGGGUGAUAUUCUAAGUAUGAAACAACUACAACUUAUGGUACAAGCUUCGAUUUCUGUAAGAUGCCACAGUCACACUGUGUUUCAGACUCUUGAUAAAGCAAAGUUUUGUAUUUUAGUACUAACAUUUAGUUUGAACAAUUGUAUCUCACUGUAAUUCUCUAGGGUGCCAGUGUAAUUGGUUUGCUGUCCCAAAUCCUGUUCGUUUAAUUGUAGCAUCCACAGUAGUGGGAUCCACUCUGGCUAGUGGAUGUCUAGCCCACAGUACCAUUGGCUGCUCCAGCUGUUGCCCUGUCUGUGGUGCUUCCCAAAGAGGGCAGUCAGUAACUACAGUUGGUGGGAAGGAGCCUAAAGUCAGGGCUAAGAGUUACCUGUGAACUUCAGGAGUUAAUAGAGUGCUACAGUGACACUGCAACUGUUAAAAUAAGAGUUGCAGAGAAGCAGAAUUCUAUGAAUGCAGGUUAUACUUGAGGUGGGGAAAACUGCCCAAGAAGAGAGGAGUCUUGAAAAUACACUGGUGAGAGGAUGCUCUUUUAGAGGGAGGGGUACACUGAGCUAAUACUGCCCAUUCUUUAGGAUGCUGAGAUGUAUUUUAAAAGGGGGAAUGAUGGAGUCCUAAUUUUAGCAAAGUAGUCUACAAAUUCAUGCUCACAAAUUAUAGAUAAAGCUGCAUAAAUUUACAAGUCCACAUAGCUAC